GGGAUAUUGGUCAUUGAAAAGCGCGCCUCUGUGUCAGUCACAAUCCCCCUUGCAUUACCAGUUCCAGCUGUAAAUAAUGAAUUUUUCAAAUGUACCGAAAGAACUCUCCCAUCUGAACGUGUUCUUAAGAUGUGCUUCGGAUCACUCGGCGAAAGACCCCACUAUCACAUACUACUGUCUCCUGCAUGCAUUUCAAAAAGGUUUAAGUAUGAUUCAAAAAUCACCCCCUAUCAAGGCAUUUUUGACAACUCUCAUGGAUAAGUUAGAAGAAUUAAAGAGGAGUAAUUCAAACUGUGAAGAAAUUGCGAAUGAAACUGUUGGGAUUCCUUAUGUUGAACAGUAUGCCCUCAAGUUGUUUGAUGCUGCUUACCAGAGGGAUAUAAACUCCGACUUCGGACCUGCUACUGUAAAACUAUUUCUUUCAGCUGCUACACUCUUAGACGUUGUUUCUGGAGUUGGAGAAGUAGGUGAUGAUAUCGAAAAGACCAGGAAGUAUGCCAAAUGGAAGGCCGUUUACAUCAGCAAAUGCUUGAAAUCUGGCGAAGUUCCAGUAGGUGGUCCUAGUGCUAACACUGAAGCUGCCUACACCCCAAGACUUUGUUGCAUAUCAGUAGAUUUUCUUGAUUGCUUGUAAGGGAACCUUAUUUGACACUCAUUUACUUUUUGUGUCUAAACCGUAGUAGUUUCAUUUUUGUAACGGAACUCAUGCUCUUUAGUUGGUCCAGAUACAAAAGCGCUACUCUUUAACCUAUUUCAAUAACAUUAUAUGUGACGUGUACUAGUUGUGAUUACAGCUUUUCAGUUUUCUAACUCAAACCAACUGGUUUUUACUAAAGAAUUCGUUUUCUCUGCCUGUUGAACAAUUUUUAUAUGUGACAUUCUGAUGGCAUUCACUAGCUUUCUUGAGUAUACAUAAGAAUAAAUAAUUUGUACUAGUAGUUUGUGUGUCUAGUUUCAUAUAUUUAAAUAACUGCGUAUUAAAAUUCAUACCCAUUUGAAUUAUGCACGUGCAUAAAUAUUCAAAGGUAAUUUCCAUCACUAAUGGACGUAUUUUAGAGAAAUUCUCGAAACCUGGGAGCACUAAACAGUGGAUUUCUUUCGGUUUAAAACUAUUCAGCAAUAUGUUACCGUAAUCCUACUCUGAAUCUGUCCCUUAACCAUGAGGCUUUACAGCAAAAUGGGGAACCAUAAUUCAUUGGUUUAUAUUUUCAUGUUCAAUCAAUUUGUACAAUAGCUCAAUCUUCAUCUAAUGUCAUCAGGGAGUCUCUGUUUUUUCAUAGUUCAGUUGACCUCAUAGAUCGCAGUCCCACAU